GUGGUGGUCGCUGGGGAAAAAGUCUCCACAUUCUACUAAGUGUAACGGCAGAGCACUCUGCUUAUGGUAAAAGGGUAGUUGUUGUGGCUGUGGUCGUACCAAAAUACAUGACGAAAUUUACGGCGUUUCUCCCUGAGGCUCUGCUUGAUGCUUUGCUGAAGUUUGGGCGAUCCCGAACCGCAGUGAUGGGAAUCGUCACAGCCGGCAUCCUCAUCGGCGCCUCGACCUACUACCAGACCACGUACUAUGAAGUAGUCGCUGCUCCCCCCAGUCCCACUGCGGUGAAGGCCGGCGCAGUAGUCGGGGGAGCGACUACGAAGGCGACGAAGGCAAGAAGUAAACCGACGAGCACCUCCAUCAAGGCUUCGAAACAAGAAACCUUUGACUCCGUUUCCGUCAAAAAGAAAAGUAAAGGUGAGGCAGCUGCAACUCCAGCUUCUGCAAAAGUUGCGAGCUCUUCUCAAAGAAAGCAACCGAAAGCGCAACAAGAAGACGAUACGCCUAUCCACAUCGUGAAACAAGAUCAAGAUUAUACACAGCAGGAAGGUGAAGCAGAACCAGAUGAAGCAAAGAAAGCGAAGAACAAAAGGGAGAAAAACGGGACAACUACAAAGCCAUCAAGCAGAAGUACGAGCAGCGGCCACGGCAAAAGACGCGGGUCGACGCAGAAUUCAACCCCUCGAGAUGACGUUGAAGACCCACCAAAGAAGCAACUUUCCAGCGGCAUCGAUGCACGAAAUGCAAAUGAAUUGAACGUCGAAGAGAAAGUGAAAGAGCUGAACCCGCCUGGCGCUGCCCAUACGCGUCCUGCUGAACUGUCUGAAGAAGAAGGCCAGCAGCACGUUGACAAACCCGUGGUCAAGAAGAACCCAGGCACCGGCUCAGUUGCUUCCGGAAGUGCAGGCGACACACGGAUCACACCAAAGAAAUUGACGGGGAAAGAUGAGAAAAACAACAACUACGAACCGAAGCUCCACCAAUCCGACUCCGUAAGAGAAGAUGAAAGCGUGGCGAAAAAUUUGAAAAAACAAGAUGACCAAUACGCGUCCUUGUUACCCGACUUGCAGAAAUUCAUCAAAGUGGAUGGUGCGCUGCGGACAUCCACGUCAUCCCAAUCGGGCAGCGGGGGGGAUACCUUCGUCAUCGGGCCUGUUUCCCGCGGAAGCUCAAGCGCGAUCGGAGAGGAUACGUUUUCGUCUACUUCCAGCGCAACCUUCACAGGAGUUUCUUCAUCGCCGGGAGCAGGAGCAGCUUGCAAACUCGCUGCCACUCGUCGCGCUGAGGAAGUAACAAGCAGCGAGGGUGGACGACUCAUGAACAUGGAAGAUGCAGGGGAAGGGAGCAGAGAAGAGUUGCAAAGCGAGGAAGAGCGAGACACUUCAUCAUGCGCGGAAGAUCGUGAAGCUAAAGCUUCAUCGCACAGUGCUACUUCCGGAGAACAGCAGCAUGAACUGGAACUGCACGACAGCAUCUCUUCAUCUUCAUCUACUGAUCCAUCAAAUUCGGAAUCCAGUGAAAUUACAAUCGAUGUUGACCACGCCGCGACAGCGACCACAGCAUCCAAUGUUGCAGACCCAACGCCGCAGCCAGAUACAGGAGCUGAAGCAGCCAUCACGUCUGGAGGCGAGAAAGAGAUUCACGGCGCAUCUACUGCGGAGGUGGACAUGGUGACCAAGAAUUCCGUUUUUUCGUUAACCAGCGUUUUGGGAGAAGAUCUGGAGAGAAACAUGGUCCCGGAUCUCGUCUACCUUGUCGGAUCCGAUGCCCAGUGCUCUGAGUGCUCGGCUUUUGCCCCGCAACUCGGCGACAUCGUGAUUCGAGGGAUGCCGCCCAUGCAGAGCGCGGGUCUGAAAGUGUUGUACGUUGUCGUGCGGGACGGCGCGGAUGAAAAGCAAAGCGACGCAAUUUCUCGUCACGCGGCCAGGACCGGCGAUGAUGCCCGCGCGACGUCCACCUCUUCUCCUUCCUCAGAAGGAGCAACCUCUCAGCGAUUCUCGUUUUCAAGAGCUUACCACGUGAAGCACACGAACGAAGACCAGAAGGCCCAAAUGGGCUCGAGUUUGUCGCUGUACUACCCCGGAAGCAGUGUCGUGGAUGCGGGGAAAUCUUUCGCUGCGAAAGAAGCAGAGAUUGAAAAACUGGUUACCGCAGUGGGGCCCAAAUCCGUUCCGGCUUUGUUUUGGACGGAUCCCGACGGAAACCUGCACAAGGAGAACGACCUCAUCUCGACUUUGAAGCGCUAGCUGCAGGUCGUACAACGCGGAGUGUUUAUUGCAUUCUAAAGAUUUUUCGUUUGAUCUGGAGGUUUUCGUUUUGGACGGUCAAAUAAAAAUAUGAGUGUCACAACUAUCCAUGGGAGAUUGAUAAAGUUUUCCAGUCGCUGUUUUCCAAAUGCCUAUGUAUGGAUAUACUGGACUUGUCGAAGAUGAGUCCCAUGCAAUUCAAUCUGAGAAAGAAUCACCGCAGAUCAGCACCCCAAAGUGGGAUCGCAUCUUCUUGCGCUAGGACGCUUGGUUUCCUAUUUUUAGCCUCAGCUCCUGCAUUUCAAU